AUGUUCGAACGAGAUCUUGCUGCUGCUCGAACUCAACGGGUUGCUGUUGAGGUAGUUGCCCCUGAUGAAGAACCAAUUGGUGGCGAUGAUGCCCCACCUGCGCCUCCAAUACCACCCGUUGUUGCUGCUACCCAACGGUGGGGGAAGCUCCCAGAUCCUGAGAUGUUUAGGGGAGAUCGCGAUCGAGAGAGAUUACACCUAUUCAAACAACAGAUGAGGAUUAAACUAUUGGGAAAUGCCGACCGCUUCCCCACACUACAGUCCAAGUUAUCCUAUUUAUUCAGUCCAUUGGAGGGUGUUGCCGCUAAUCAAUUCUUACAAUACGUCGGAGAAGAAGGUAUCGCUUUGCCUUCCAUGUUGCGGUUUUAUGAAAUCCUAGAUACAGCGUUCGGAGACCCUGAUCGAAUGCGAACGGCUAGAAGGAACCUUCAGAACAUCCGCCAACGAAAUCGAACCUUUGCCGAUUAUUUCGCCGAAUUUCAAAGGUAUGCUGCCGAGUCAGGGAUAGAUGAAGUCUCUCGGAUUGAAGCUUUGAUGGAAGGUAUCAAUGCGGAACUCGAUGAAUCGAUGAUACACCAUGAAACCCCUGCGACGGUAGAUGCCUGUGCGAUACUUUUGCAACGGUUGGAUAAUCGGCGACGAGCAGCAGAAGCUAAGCGAGGAAGUAAAAAGCCUUGGAAUGCUACUGCUGCCUCCGACCCUCGCCCCCCACCAGCGAAUCCGCCCCUGCCCCCGUGCUGCCGCCCCAGCUAUCAAUACCCACUCCUGAGAACCAUCCCUCGUUCCGCCCGGGAGGUGAUGUACCGAUGGAUUUGUCCGGGGGACGUCGUCGCCCCACCCCUACUGAGAGAAAUGCCCGCUUAG